AUGAUAACGGUGAAUAGUACUUUCAAACAAAGCAAAAAUGUACAACAAAAAUCCAUUGCUAAUGCAGCGAUAGAGGGCACGACCACUUAUGGCGCUUACUGUAAAUCACCACAUGAAAGAAAUCGUAAACAUCAAUUGUUCAUUAUGCGCGUUCAAGAUAUCCAUAUAAAGUUUCUCUUGCCAAGUUUUCAUUUCUUUUUAAAAUACUUCAAAUUACAAGAUAAUAUGGAAGCUCCAACUCCAAAGCGUCGAAAAAAUAAAAUUAUGACAGAUGAAUGUUUAAUUAAAUUACGGCAGCGUUAUGAUGAAGAUCGUCUCGAUAUUCCAUCAUUCUUAAAAGUUGCUGGACCUAGAUGUUUUCAGCGUCCACCAAAAAGUUGA